AUGCAAAUCAGGUUUCCAUAUGGGAUCAAUCCAGAUUUCUACUUCACUAUGCUUCAUGAUCAAAAUAACAAAAACAGUCCAAUUAAACAGUCCAGAAUUCAUGCUCAUUCUAGUAUGAGGGCUAAAGACACUCAAGAUAUUAAGAAUAAAGCAGGCACCUGUUCUCUACCUCAUGAUCUACUUGGCUUUUUGUAUUAUUGGAGCAGGAUCUUGACAAGUUUUGUGGGCUCUGUUUUCUCUGCUGCCUCUUCUAGAAUUUCCUUAAUCUCUGAUUUGGCUUGGUUCUUCAUGGCUUUUAUAAUUUAUGGGGUGCUUUGCUCUCUGAUGUCUUCUCUAUUCAAGAUGGACAGGUUAUGGAAGGAACCUGUUCUUCAUUCUGGUAUUUUGGGGUUGUUCUCUGCCUCUUCUUCAUGGUGGUUUUUCUUUUAUAUACCUUCUUCAUCUAGAGUGUCAAAGUUUUUGGAAGACUUUUCUCUGCUGCGUAGCUGGAUAUUCAUCUUCUGCCUAUUCUCUACAAGGAGUCGGGUUCUUCAUCUUAGGUUUGGAUCUGGCCUUCAAUGA